AGUGCACUUCAACAUCCGCCAUGUCGACCGUCCAAGCGCUGCUCACAAUGCUGCAGGACCGCGGCAAGAAUACGCCAAAGUCUGCACGCCAUGUGCUAUUAGACCUGGCGUCGUGCUGUCGCUGUGAAGAUGCCAAAGCCUCCAUCCUCACCGACGGCCUAGAGCCACUCCUGGCGCUUGCGACAGGCGACGAGGAACUGCCUCGUGGCGAGACUCUUGAAGUUUUGCUCGAGCUGCUGGCACUGCUCCUUUUGGAUAACCCAGAGGCUAAAGCUAGUGCAGCAAGGGGUGGGGCACUAGAGCUGGCAGUUCGGUGUCUGCGCGAACUGUCCGGAGGUGGCAGACGGCGCGUCAAAAUCUUGAAGCGCGCGCUGGAGCUCGUAGAUCUACUACGCCACACCGCAGAGUCACAACAGCAGGAGAGACAGAUUACCGUGAUCAAACAAAUUAUAGAGAUAAUGUCGCGUGCAGAUGAGGAUUCGACUAUCUUGGUUCGAGCUACAGAUACACUAGGACGCUUCAUUGACGGCAGCUUACAGAGAAUCCAGGCUGCGGCACAGGAGCGCGUCAUCGCCAUCCUGAUUGACCUGCUGAAGUUGGCUGGUGACAGUAAGGUGGAUUUGAAGCGAACAGUGUGUGAAGUCCUGAUUCUGAUGGGAGAAGCACCGGGGGUGCUCCAAAUGAUGGCGACGCAAAAUAUUGUCAGAGCAUUGCGUACUUGUCUACGUGUGGAGACUCGAGCUCGUGAAGUGGAGUCAUGUGUGGUUCGUUUACUGUCACGUCUAGCACAACAAGCGCAGGUGUACGGUCAAAUUGUGCACGAAGAGAUGAUGCCGCUUCUUUUCCAAGUCAUCGAGCACAACAGUAAUAUUAAAGAGGUAACCGUGACGACGUGCACGAUCAUCGCUGACGUGUCAGAUUUUGCCCAGCAAUGCAAAUUGGACCUGUUACCUUUCCUGAAGGACUGUCAAGGAAAAAUGCUCGUUCUCGCAGCUACUUGCCAUGCACAAGAGGCCAGUGUGGUUGAUAACACAUUUCGCUUUUUCGUCAACGUGUCAAACAACCCAGUGGACAUACCGGACUUGAUCAAUUCGGAAACAGUUGAAGGUUUGCUGUCGCUAUAUGUUCUUGCCGGCGGAUCCGGCUAUCUUGCCGAAUUAGCAGGGCAUUUGGUUCACGUCAUUUCGAGGCUUAGUCGGUCAAUCCUGGAACAGUUCAAGAUUCAAGAAGAAGACAUCACACUUCCAGCCCUAUUUCUUUGCUUGAGGAAUUAUCAUGAAGACAUACGAUUUACGUCUCAGGUUUUUGCAAUUUUGGCAAAACACUGGAAGAUGCAGUGCCACGAUAAGAGUGUCCAUGGGAUCACAGGUUACAUCGGUAUUGCCAUUGAGGUGCUCUGCAGAACUAUUCCGUCGUCGAACUCGUGGGGAGACCAGACAGCCGACAUAGUGAAUUUCAUUCGAGAGAUGAUGCUGUCAAAAGACGGCGCUGAGGUAGUCAUGAGCUGUGGCGGAAAAGAUCUAUUAGAAGUGCUUCACAAUUACAUUGACACCCGAGGCGAUAACUCGUCUUCAGAUGCAGGGAUCUCUUGUGCGUAUGAUGGGUCUUCGAACGCAUCUUCAUUAGUUAUAUCAAGCAGUGAUUUUGGUGGCGGAAGAAUGGCUUCCAUUGUUGUGAAUAUGCUCGAGAAAGCAGUUCUUGGGUUAUCUGACGUAGAAGUGGUUACAGAUAUCUCCUCUUCUGCCUCCAGCACGAACCACCAGUCACGUCUUGGAGAUGCCGAGUAUGACGACUACGUAUCUCGACGAUUGCAUUUGGAAAAAUCAUGCCAUUUUAAGCCGAUAGAGAAGACAGAACCACGAGGAAACAUCUUCUGUAGCGAGCCUGAGACUACAUUUGACCAGAUACCAUCCGAACAACAUUUUAUUGAGGUAGCCCAAGAAAAACAUGACAUGAAAGGCUCAGUCAAGCAAAAACUGUGUGGGGAAAGUAAUCGAGUCGACGUCACUGGUUCAGCUAAAUGUAGUGGAGAAGCCGGGGAAGACGCAGACGCUAGUGCAAAUAACGACGUAGAUAAUGCCGAAGAAGAAAAUGACGAUGACAGUGACGAGGAGGGAGAUGAAAGCAUUGAAAAAACGGAGUCUACAAGCGAUGCAGUUGAGAUAGCAAGAGUUCCCAGUCUGUUCUCAGAUCCUCCCAGUGGAGGCCUGUCACCAAUUGGGCACCAGAGUUCGAUCUCAAACAAAAGUACUACAUCGAGAAGUACGCCGAUGGCAAAUUUCUUCGACCAUCUCGAAGAUAAGAAAUGGUAUUACUUUGAUGAAAACUCCAUGAUAAAAUACCCAAAGCACCCCUCCAGAGUGAACCAUGCAAAUCAAAUCAACCCCGAAGAAGAAUUUGUCCUGGACGAUCCAGGGUUCUUAGAACCAUGUAAUACUCCCGAAGCUGAGGAUGGAACUCUGUUUGUUGAAGAAGCUGUUGCAAGGCGAGCUGAAUUUAUUGCGAGCGAUGUCAAUUUGAGAGCACGAAUCGUGUAUGAAAACAUUUCGAUGGUAGAAGAUCGCGAUAACAAAGUCGCGGGUAUUCCUCCGUUUUUAUUGAACUCCUGUGAAAUUCAGCAUGAUGUUCCGUAUGUUGUCUCCGAGGAAACGAAGGCUUUUCCUGAUCUCAGUAGCGACUUGACGUUUGAUAGCAAUUUUGAAAGUGGGAAUCUAGAGCGAGCAAUUCGCAUUGGGCAGUUCGAGUAUGAUCUUGUCUUACGCCCCGAUUUCAACAGUCCCGGUCACAUGCAGUGGUUCUACUUUGCUGUAAGUAAUAUUCAAACGCCAAAUGCAACUCCGCGAGCGGGUCAAAAGUACCGCUUCAAUAUCGUAAAUCUGUGCAAGUCAAACUCAUUGUUCAAUCAAGGAUUGCAACCGGUGGUAUACUCCGUACGGGAUGCUCAUGAGAAAGGGAAAGGAUGGGUACGCUCAGGCACAGACAUUUACUAUUUUGCCAAUCCCUUUGUACGCCCAGCAAGAAAUGCGGCAAACUUCUCGGAUGUCGUCCCUACGGAGACAUCAACUACAGCCACCACCGCGACACCAACAGCUCCUGCCAUGACGUAUUAUACUCUGACUUUUACGCUGGAAUUCUGGAACGCAGAUGACACCUAUUUGAUCGCACACAGCUACCCGUACACGCUUACAAUGCAUCAACUUCGCAUCGAUAGUAUUCUCCACUCAGGACACGACACUGGCCACAUCCUUCGGCAUAGUUCAUUGUGUACAACGUUGAGUGGGAGAAAUUGUGACUUGUUGACAAUCUCGGAUUUUUCUGUGGCUGAACAAGAACUCAAUGCACGGAGAGCAGCUUUCUUUACCUCGCGGGUGCAUCCAGGGGAGUCUCAAGCCUCUUGGAUGAUGCGAGGAGUAAUCGACUUCCUGUUGGGAACAUCGACUAUUGCUUGCGUCUUACGUCGAAUGUUUAUAUUCCAAAUCAUCCCAAUACUUAACCCGGAUGGUGUGUAUUACGGCAACAGCAGAUGUGGUCUUUCGGCUUGCGACUUAAAUCGGCAAUGGCAAACCCCGAGUAAGGCUCUUCAUCCAACAAUAUUUCACGCAAAAGAACUCCUUGUCAAAGAGCGCUCCACACGAGGGGUUGCUUUCUAUUGUGAUAUGCACGGUCAUUCCCGAAAGAAAAAUGUGUUCAUGUAUGGAUGUGAUACCAAGCGGAAACCAAAUCCAGCAGCACGAAUGUUCGCAAAAGUCUUCUCGAUGCAACAGACUGCCAAAAAGUAUAUUUCUUUUCCACAUUGUAGCUUUAAAGUGAGUAAGGACAAGGAGACAACAGCACGCGUGGUCGUUGCGAACGAGCUCAAGAUCAAUUGGAGCUUCACACUUGAAGCUUCGUUUUGCGGCGCCAGUUACGGAGAACUAUACAAUAUGCACUUUAACACCAAACAUCUGCGUGAAGUUGGAGCGUCAUUAUGCGAAACAUUAUUCGAGGCUUGUAUCAGCGACGCUAGCACUCGUGACAAGCUUUUGGACAGAGUUGACGACACAACAGUAUGCAUUCCCCAGCUAAUAGAGCCGUAUUUACGUGACGCGGGGGUUAUUGGUGAAAAGUAUCCGGUGGACGAGGACACCAAUUUGAAUCCUCGCUCUUCCUUUCUGAAAUUUCUCAAAGGAAAGAGAGCAUCUAUGAAGAAAAUAUCUAAUGAGGCUGCAGCGAAAAGAGUGAGGAGAAAGAACUCCAAGACACGAGCGACUACAACGUCGGAUGCAGGAGCUUCAAAAGCUACAGAUACAAAUGAAGGCUCAGGGAGCCGACGAAAAUUAAGUCGACAACAGAUCAAGUCUUCUUCAUUUGCCUCUGGUCUGGUUGAGCGAGUCACUCCAGAAACUUCCGACUCCACAAGUUGCCUGGAUCUUGCAUGUAUCCCACCUCCCAAACUCAGUGGGCGGAAGUUACGGAGUAAAUACCCAAAAGUUCGUAGGUCGAGAAGCAGUCCUGAUGAACAGGUGAAAUCUCGACGUCGCGCCAUUCCUGGACUGGCCUCAAAUACAGCUGUCGAUAAUACUGAAGACAGCGAGGACACCAAUGAUUCAAUUAUGCCGCUGGUUUCUCCGUCAAGAUUGUCAACUGCGAUGCCUGGCCCCUCGACUUCUUCUGUUCGCGUCUCUCUUGGCAGCUUUCAAGGUCCCGAGUCUGCCUAUAUGCGAUCUUCGAGAGCGAUUUCGUUUCCGUAUCCAAACAGCGUAGUUGGCAUCCCGCUUCGAGACUCGCCAGUAAUUCUUCCAUCUCCAGUUGGCGAAGCCAUGACACGGUCACCAAAAGCACCGGCUAGUCGUAUCCGCUUCAGGUGAAUGCUAUUUGCUUACCCUCAGCUGACAAGCUUAUCACUAAUGCCAUGGACCAACAGGGGAGCCGGCAGACAAUUUGCAGUAGUCAAUACCAUUCCACGAACCAGCAUCCACGACAUCCUGGUACGAUUCAUUCCGUAUCAACUCUUGCUCCACGUUCUUGGCCUAAAACAUCACUACGCUGUGCUGCCAGAAAUCUGACCCGGUGACAGCAUUUCAGUCGUAUGAAGCAGAUCUGAUCAAUGCUUCAACCAUGGUUAUCCGACCACGCGGUAGUAUUUCAACUAACAACAGCGCUACAGCUGCAGCGGACGAAAAGAGUCACUCGCCGCCGUCGUCCCAGUAUCUGAGUUUCCCGAGUGUCACCUAGCGGGAUUAUGAAGUUAGCACUGUUGUUUUUGUGGCUUGUUCACCACAUUUGUCGCUGCCUUCACGAGAGAAUCCAAGCGAGUUUCGAUCUUCUGCAGGCGGCUCAUUGUGAAUUCCUGUUCCUGAUGAAGAGCAGAGAGCCAUUUAUCUUGGCACUGAUGCAUCUCAGUUUGAACGCUCACGUAUUCGCCAACAGAUUUCUUUCGGAGCUCCCGCUGAAUUGAUGUGUACCUGUGCAGGUUGUCAUUAACUAGAAUUUGGUAGCAAACCUGUUAGGAUUCUGAAUUAGCAGUCGUCUAGAGGAAUCAAAGAUGAUCGUACGCUUUCUAUAUGGACGCGACCCGGGCUUAAAAUCAUGGAAUCGUCGCCAAGUUGUUUGAAUUGUACGUGCGCACGUCUGUUUGAGUUCAGA